AUGAAAAUCAAGCCCCCGCCAAGCGAUCGACUCUGGUAUGGGUUCUAUGAAAUGCCAAAGAUGGAGCUCUCUAUUGAACCGCUUGUCUCAACAAGGGCCAUUAAAUGGUCGCUGGUCACUUCGGUCAUUGAAAAAAGACUAAAUGAAUCGAUGGAGGAGUAUUUCGUACUUCCAAAUAUGGAGGAGCUUGGUCUGCCCCCAAUGAAAUCACGUUAUGAAGAUGAGCAGGCAGGUAUAAGAUCCGAUGAAGGCAUUAAACAUCCACUUCAUCAGCCCGAUAGGAGCUAUGCUAGUGUUGAGGCAACCUCACUCACCUCAGCAUUGAUGAGUCUUCCAAGAAAGAGGCUUUUGGCUCAGCAGCAAUUGAAACAAAAAAAUCCCAUGAAGCCUGUAGAAAUCUCUUCACUACCAGAAGAUACCAAGCAACAAGCAACAAAAGGCUCAAAUGACGAAAUGAGGGCAUCUCAGCAUGUAUCAGCAAAGGAUAAUUUAAUUACAGCUUCAAGAGAAAAUUAUCGACCAUCUCCAAAAGAUGAAUCAUAUGUUGAGAUUGACAAGUCACAACCCCCACCUUUACCACCGCCGAGAAUUUCUAGCAAAGGCCCUUUGAAACAAAGGCGCUCGUCUUUUCAAACGAAACCCAACGAGGAUGAGGUGCUUUCGGAAAAGGCUGAUACUGAUACUGAUAUUCAUAAUCCCCAUGAAUCUCUUCCUCCUCCAAAAGACUCACCCGAAGUCCCUGAAGACUCUCCACAGAGUGCACACUUUGAAAGUCCUCCAUCCAGCUCCACUAUUGAAGCUUCUCCUCAAGAUUGUCCAACAGAUACCUUUUCAACAAGAUCUUCUCAAGAGCUGCAGACUUUUGGUAAGUCUGUCCCUAAUUUUUCGGUAGCCAAUCGCAUUUCCGAGGCAUCACCCACUCCAAUUCCUGACGGGUCUUUUCUUUCAGAUUCGCAGGCAUUCCUUGAACCAAUUCCAAAGAAAAAAGGAUCAUUGGAUGAUCAAUGUGUUUCACCAGCUUUUCAAGAGGAUAGACAGCUUUUUCGGGUAAAAAAAUCUAACAGUACCAGCCAAUUAGUAAAUGCCUCAGAAACGGCGUUUCCGUCCAAAGACUUGCUUUCAGAGCAAAACAGUUCUUCUUAUGAUGAACUCAAUCUUACGCCAAGAUCAUCAAGAAUAGCUACAGAGCACCAGUCGUAUCUGAAUUCCACAUCCUCGUCCUCUUCGUCAAGUGUAGUUAGUGCAAAUGGUUCGACCCAAGACUCCGCCUCUAUUGUUCAAUUUAAAAGAAUGUCACAUGCAGGCGGAAUCAUGAAAACUCUAAGAAACUCGGUCAAAACCAUCUACAACUACCCAACAUCAGUGACUGGAACCAAAAGCAAAAUCAGAUCUCUGUGGCAUUCAUCUUCUCAUCCUCCUCUUGCAGAUAAAGUGCAAAGCGACGAACCUUUUCAAAGUCAGCAUCAUCGCAGAUAUUACUCCAGCUUAAGUAAAGAGGCCGUCAAGGCAAAAGAAAAAGACGAAGAUCCUGCCCACAGUUUAUAUGACACGGGUACUCUUUUUUUGGAAAAAAAUUCGCCCACUUCCUAG